GUGGACCGCGGGUGCCGGAGUUACCUCACGGCGUAGCUGUUUUCUCAGAAGAUCGGGACAGAAGUAUGGUGCCAAUCUCCGUAGCCGGGACUUGUUUCUUAGCACGCAGGGAACCGAGCCUCUUCAGGAGGCGGGGAGCGCUACAGAGCAGGGUGCGGGCCUUCUCAGAUGGCGCUGUCUUUGCGGUAUCUUGCACCAAAGGGUUAAAUUUUGGAAAUAUUAAGCAUUGUGGUUAAGCUUCACCAUCCCAGCAGUGGUAUCACAGAGCCUGGCUGCCGUAUCUUCACUCCGUUCCGCCCAUCGUGCCGCUUCUCUUACAGUCAGCACAUCAAGCUCCACUGAUGCUGUCAACACCUAAGGUUGCCUAGGGAACUUCUGUGAAAAAGCAGCACCUCUGAGCCUCUGCUGUCUCUCAGCAUCUGCUAUGCUGUUUUGGAACCAGACAAGAGGCUAAACAGAUUCCUCUAAAAUCUCAGAGAUUUUGCUUUGCUUUACCAGCAUUACAAGAGCAAAAAAUGAAACAGGAGUUUUAAACUCUGAGGACUUGCCAUGGAAGACUCAGAAGAACAUCACUUCAGCUCAGUUGAAGAGGAAACCAGAUACUGGAAAGAGUUGGCUAUGAAAUACAAGCAAUGUGCUGAGAAUAUACAGGAGGAACUGUGUGAAUUCCAAGAAGGGAGCCGAGAAUAUGAAGCUGAACUGGAAACUCAGCUGCAGCAAACAGAGUCCAGAAACAGAGAUCUUCUUUCAGAAAACAACCGUUUGCGAAUAGAACUGGAGUCUGUUAAGGAAAAGUUUGAAAUGCAGCAUUCAGAAUGGUACAGGCAAGUCUCUGCACUGGAAGAUGACUUGGCACAGACAAAAGCUAUUAAAGAUCAACUUCAGAAAUACAUUCGAGAACUUGAGCAAGCAAAUGAUGACUUGGAAAGAGCAAAAAGAGCCGCUAUAAUGUCUCUUGAGGAUUUUGAGCAGCGCCUAAACCAGGCUAUUGAAAGAAAUGCUUUUCUGGAGAGUGAGCUGGAUGAGAAAGAAAACCUUCUGGAGUCUGUGCAACGUCUGAAAGAUGAAGCUAGAGAUCUACGACAAGAGCUUGCAGUGCAGCAGAAACAGGAGAAACCCAAAACACCAAUGCGAACUAGCCUGGAAACAGAAAGAACAGACACUGCAGUUCAAGCAUCCUUAUCUUUGCCUUCAACUCCCUCUCUGCACCGAGCACCCAACAUCAACAUACCCACCCCUGCAACAUUUAGGAGAGGUUUUGAGGACAGUUACUGUGCAACCCCUCUCACACCUGCUGCCAGAAUAUCUGCACUUAACAUCAUGGGAGACUUGCUGCGAAAAGUAGGGGCUUUGGAGUCCAAACUUGCCUCCUGCCGAAACUUUGUGUAUGACCAGUCUCCAGACAGAACCACAGUGUCCAUGUACAUGAAUAGAGAUGCCCUUGAAACACGCAUGAGUCCUCACCAGCCUCUCUGUGAUACAGGGUUGGUGAAACGCCUGGAGUUUGGAACAAGACCUUCAAGUACUCCAGGACCAAUGAGCCAUCCUUCACAAAGUGUUGUUAAGAUGCUGCUAUGAAAAGGAAAAAUAAAAUCUUAUGUACAUAUAACUUGAAUAUCAAUAGGCAACCAGACAGAAGUGUAAGAGUAGUUGAGGCCUGAAAAAGGAACUACUGUUGAUAAUGGCAUCUUAUGGCUUUGCCCUUCUGGCUUCUAUGCUGAGUUGUGUGCGUGGUGUGAUGAAGCAAUGUUGCCUAGCAGCACAGGACAUAAAAUUGCUUCCUGUAUUCACUGCUGUGAAUAACUCCUGCUUUGACACUGCCAGUUAAAGCUAUCGUCGCUUUACCUACAGCAGGUUCCCAGUGCAACUCUUUAGGUUUUGGCUUUUGGUGUUAAUAAAAUUGCCCAUGAUUUCUGGCUUUCUGGUGCAGUCACUGAAGUUAGAGAAGUGGUUGUAGGUAGAAACAGGUGUAUUUCUGUGGAGAAACAGUUUAGUUCUUUGUAGGUUGCUUGCUGGUCAGAAUCUCGUGGUGAAGCUCUGUAAGCAAUGAUUUACCUUGUAGAGCAGAUAACAGUUAAAAGGUGAGGAAUGCUUAAUACUUCUGGUACUCAGGAGAUCCCAGAUGGUAGAGAACUUUGCCCUGGAUUAGCCUGUAGAUAUGCUUUUGCUAUAUUGUGGCCUAUAGAUCCUGGCUGUUGAUUGAGUUUCUAGUUCUAACAUAUUAAUAAGUGGGUUUUACUACUUUCCAAACCUCCCUUUAUUAAUGUGCCUUGGGUAUUUGUGAAUUUAUGUUAUUUUAUCUUUCUUUUUAAUGAGAAUGUUUCAGCUCUUACUAACUUAGCAAUGUUUUUAGCUUGAAAAGUACUUUCUGCUGACCAAGUAUGUCAGAAUAGUGAAUUAUUUUUUUAAGUUGGCAUAUUUCCCCUACAGAAAUACACUACUUUUUUUUUUUUAAUGAAGUACACUUACAGUAUUAAUACACGUUAGAGAAGCUUGCACUUAUGAAAGCAAUAGUGGGUAAACAUUUUUAUAUCUGGGGAGAGAGGGAGAAAUUUACGUGAUAAAAUGUAUAAUUUUUUUUAAUGAUGUGAAAACAACUACUGAUGCAUCUAUUUCUCUGGAAUAGGAAAUAACCACAGGCCAUUCCCAUUAUUCAAGCCAUCUACAAAGUUGGCUUAACUAGGGAGCAGAAUAAAGCUUAUUUUGAGUGCUAAUUAUUCAUUUUGAAUUUUUUUUGCAAGUUGUCAUGCUUACUGCAUAAGUAUUUGCCAUCAGUUUCUUUGCUGCUUCUUAUUAAUGAAGCCUAAAGAGACAUUGUUUGCUGAAAUUAUAUGCAGAUUCUUCUAUGUUUCUUUCUUGUUCUCAUGGUUUCCUACUCUAAGGAAUGUUACUGCCAUAGCUAAUGAUGCCUUUAGGAUUUUCACAGUGCUUGGCGUUAUUCUCUUAAAAUCUUGAACUGAAGCUAUAAUCUGUUUUAGCAUUUUUGUCCUCUUCUGUCACACAGAGCUGGCACUCUUUUCUUAAACAUAGGGAGCUAAAGCAUGAGCUACUUUGUUAGUUGUGCUGUCACGUGAUCUCAGUGGACUGUGUAGCCUGAUCACUCAAGACGAGUUUUCUGUAUGAUGUUGUCAGAAUUUGCCUGCUUAGUGAGCAGGUUGACUUCUGUUCAGACUGGGAGUCAGCAGUGAUGUAAGGUAGAGACUUAAAAAGUCAGGGCUUUGCUGGAGCCAUGGAUUUGAAGUGGCUACUGAUAGUAUACUCUACAGAUACAUAUUUUUAAUGUGGCUACAGAUGUUAUCAGGCUAUAGGUGGGUAUGCUAUUGAGAACUGUCAAAACAAUAUAAUGCAGAUCAGUUGCCUCUGUAAUGAUGCAUCUGUUGACAGAGGAACUGUAGUUUGGUGUUAUGAGCUAACCUUGGUAGGCAGCUAACAUCAUACAGCUGCAUACUUGCUUCGCAUAUCCAGGGGGACAGGGAAAGAAUUGGAAGGUAAAAGUUCAAGGAAAAAAACUGCUUUUAUGUGUUGAGACCAAGACAGUUUAAUAGGUAAAGCAAAAGCUGUGUCUGCAAGGAAGGCAAAAUAAGGAAUUUAUUCAUUACUUUCUAUUCAAGAUGCUAUGGAGAAAACUAACUCUGUCCCAGCCGAAACCAGCAAUUAGGAUACUUGCAGAAAAGUUCUUUCUGCAGUGUCACAAAGAAAAAAAAUACUCACUUGAGCUUAUUUUGCUUUGCAGAACAGGGACUAGAACCUAAGUUUCUCAAGUGGUAGGUAGUGCUUUAACCGCUGGACUGUUCGGCUUGUGAGUUAUCCAGGUGAAGUCCUUUCAGAAGGGCAUGAUGUUCAAUUUACAAGUUCUAAUCCAAGUACUGGUGCGUAAGACCAUUUUUUUGAAGUCUGACUUCCUCCAUCUCCUUGUUUGCACAUGUGCAGACUUACCAGCUUAAUAGCAGUUCUUGAACAUGUUGACAGAGCUAUGCUUCUUGACUGACUCUACAAUCAAAAGCUUUCAUCCCUUCAUCAGCUUGUCAUCGUAAUCACUCUGAAUGGAUUCUUACUUAAGCUCUUCCUUUUCUAUUUGCUCAAAAAAGAGUAUUAUUUGGGGUGUGAAUCUGCUGGCUGAAUGGUUUCUGCUCUGAAGCUGUCAUGUUCAUGAUCUUUGUGCCUUGUGGAAUAAUUAUUAGUUUUAGAAGGUGAUCAUCAGCAGUAAGGAUGGAUGCUUUUGCAUGGUUUGCUCUUCCUGUAGUCAACACUGCUUUAAGGUUAAUCUGCAGUACAAUGUAAGACAUCAAGGAAGCUCUCUGUACUCAGUUCAGAGUAAAUCCCCCUGACUUUA